UACACCGCCUUUAAUUUCAUAUCAUUUACAUAUUACCCGCCCUUUUAAAGUUUUCCAAACCCGUGUUUUCCUUGUUCGGACAGCUGUUUUCACUGGUACGGUCUCUGAGAAUGGACUUUGAAAGCAGGAUUUUUCCCAGAAUAGGCGCUUUUGGACGAUACAACCGUAUCGUGGUUUUCUUCACUUGGAUCCCGAACUUUGCAGUAGCGUUUAACCUUUUUUCCAACGUAUUUUUCACUCUGAUACCCGAAUCGUACCACUGCGCACCAGACCCGUCUCUCCUUCCUGCUGCCUGGGCUUUCAGCAACCUGUCUGAACAGGAGAGUCUGAACUUUACCAUUCCUUGGGUGAAAGGAUCCGGUCUGAGUCACUGUGAAUUGUACAAGUACCCCGCAAAUUUCACCAAUUUCACGGACAACAUGCCGAGAGAAGCAGUGGCGUGCACAAGAGGAUGGGAGUACACGGAGGCGGCGGGACUUCAUAGUAACUAUGUGACACAGUGGAACCUGGUCUGUGGAAACAGCUGGAAGAUUCCCUUGCAGCACGUCUGCUUCAUGCUGGGCUGGAUACUUGGCUAUGUUUUGCUUGGUAGCUUUUGUGACAGGUUCGGCCGCCGUCGCGGCUUCCUGCUCUCCAUUGGACUGUCGGGCUCGCUGGGCGUGGCCGUCUGUCUGGCCAGGGGGCCCCUUAUUUUCCUUCUGCUGAGACUCUGCCAGGGGGCCGCGCUGUCCGGCGCAUUCCUCUCUGCCUACAUUACACGACUAGAAAUAUGCGACCCACCUCACCGACUUAUGAUGACGAUGAUUGGUGGGUUCUUUGCUGUUGGUGCAGAGUUGCUGUUGCCAGGGGUGGCAGUGCUGUGCCGUGAUUGGCCAGUACUGCAAGCUGUAGCCACCCUGCCACUCUUAUUGCUGCUUUCCUAUUGGUGCUGUGCCUCGCGCUUCCCCGAGUCUCCUCGCUGGUUCUUGGCCACCUAUCAGAUCUCUCAGGCCAAGAAGGCACUGCAGAACAUCUCCACCCAGAACAAGGUGUUUCUCGGUGAGGAGAUCUACCCGGCUGAGAGCCUGCUGUCAGAGAUUGAUGUGGCAUACCCGGAGGAUUCCCCGGCCCGGUACCACCACAUCCUGGAACUGUGGCACACUCGCAUCAUCUGGAGGAACUGCCUCAUCCUGGGCUUCACUCUGUUCAUAGGCACAGGAAUCCAGUACUGCUUCACUCGGAACCUGCACAGCUUCUCCCCAAAUUUCUACUUCAGCUACUUUCUGCGGGUGGUGACGGGGGCGGCUGCCUGCGUGCUGCUCUGCCUGUCGGUGGAGCGCUUUGGUCGCAGGGGCGUCCUGCUCCUUUCGGCCAUCGUCACGGGCCUGUCCUCGCUCCUGCUGCUGGCCCUCACCCAGUACCUGCAGAGUGCCCUGGUCCUGCUGCUGUCAGCGAUCGGCCUCCUGGCCUCCCAGGCCUUGGCAAUGCUCAGCGUGUUCUUCGGCGGCGAGGUCAUGCCCACCGUGGUCCGCGGUGGAGCCCUGGGCCUGGUUCUGGGUGCAGGCUGUGUCGGCAUGGCAGCCUCCUCCCUCAUAGAGCUCCAGAACAAUGGUGGCUACUUCCUGUACCACGUGGUGUUCGCCUCCUUCGCCGUGCUCUCCGUGCUGUGCGUCAUGCAGCUGCCCGAGAGCAAGCGCAAGCCGCUGCCCGACUCGCUGCGGGACGGCGAGAACCAGCGUCGCCCCCCCCUCUUCCCGGACCGGGACGAACGCGACGCCCUCCCCCUGCUCAGGACCCCGACAGCCGCCUCUGAUUACGACCCUGAAAGCUACUCGCGCCUGGUCACCGCCACCAAGAAGAUGCUGGGGAGAGAAAGGCCGUAUAUGACGGCAGCGUCGUCACACUGCCCCCUGCUGGCCACUGAUGCACAUGACGCUCAGGAAGAAAAAGCAUUGCACAAAGAGUCUUCCUAAGCC